UUCCUGUACCUUUACCGUCGAUAAAGAAGAAUGUGUUCUACACCGAGUACGUAACAUGUGAAGGAUUUGAUUGAAAUAAAUAAAUAAAACAUUUUACAACAGUAUACCUCGUAAAUUUUCUGUAAAUGUCAUCAGUUAUCUAUGAAGUAUAGUUUAAGCCAUUAACAAAAUGUUUUUAUCGAGGUUUGUUAGUGGCCUUCGAAGAUCAGCUUUUCAAAAUAUUCAAGAAAAUGGCUUGCAAACAAUGCUUUGUAGUCCUUUCUCGAGCAGUGUUCCGUCUACAGAAUCAGCCAAGCCUGAUAAAUUAUAUAAAAAGAUUGAAGUUGAAGUACGAGGAAAUGAUCCAGCUGUCUUAAAAAGUUAUGGGAUUUUCACAACAACUGCUGCUAAUCAUUUGGGUAUCACAGUUAAUGGGAAUUAUGCUCCUUAUAAAGCUGUACAUCAACGAUGGACACUGCUUAAAUCAAAACAUGUACACAAAAAACACAGGGUUCAAUAUGAAAUUAGAACCUACUAUAGAUUUUUAGAGUUUUUGAAACUGACAGGAUCAACUGCUGAUACAUUUUUAGAAUAUAUUCAGAGGAAUUUACCAGAAGGUGUGGCAAUGAAAGUUACUAAGAUUGAAAUCCAAAGGUUACCAGAAGCUGUUAGCACUCCUCCUAGUUGAAAGUACUUGCGAUUUGUGUAAGAACUUAGAUUCAUAAUUUUGUUUGAUGUUACAUUUUUUCAUUAAAUAAACUGUAAAUAUAAAACAAA